UCUUGGCCCGUAUAGAGCUGGGACUCAACUACUCCUCCGCAGUACUCAUUUACAACAACUAUUGUUUCCUUUCCUUGCAGGGCACUUUGUUCCUUUCUCCUCUUUUGGUUUAGGUCUUGGAGUCCAAAAUCUCUCUCUCUCUCUCUCAUAUUUGGUGACAAGUUGUUGGAAAUCUCUCGUCAUGGCCAAAAGCACCUUCAAGUUGGAACAUCCUCUCGAAAGGAGGCAGGCAGAAGCUAAUCGUAUCAGAGAGAAGUAUCCGGAUAGAAUACCUGUGAUUGUAGAAAGGGCUGAGAAGACUGACAUAUCUGAAAUUGAUAAGAAAAAAUACCUUGUUCCUGCUGAUCUUACCGUUGGACAGUUUGUGUAUGUGGUGCGGAAGAGGAUUAAGCUGAGUCCUGAGAAGGCUAUAUUCGUUUUCGUCAAGAACAUCCUGCCUCCCACUGCGGCUAUGAUGUCUUCAAUUUACGAGGAGAACAAGGACCAAGACGGUUUCCUUUACAUGACCUACAGUGGUGAGAACACAUUUGGAUUGCUUUAAUAAGACAUUGGCAGUCCAGAUCUAUGUGAAUAGGACUUCUGAAGGAAAAACAAAACAAAAGAAUUAUUAGAUCAUCUGUCAAUUAUAAGCCCUAGUAGUUUGAUGGUCUCUUUCAUUUCAUGCUCUUCUACGGUCGCUUUCAGUUACUCUCUGCAGACGAUAUUUGCAAUGCAAUGCUGCAAAUAGUUCAUAUGUUUUCAUGCUUUUCUUAUCUGUUAAAUCUGAUGAUUUUUGCAUAGUAGCAAAUGAAAUGGUAUCUCGUUUAACUUUA